UAAGCAAUUUGUAUAUGUAAUUGACGAGGGUAUCCUUAGAGAAAGGAAAUAUAAUAUUUGUAAUGCAAUUCCCUAUCCAAAAAAUGGAAAAGUAAGGAAUAACUUAGUAUGUUGCAAGAAUACUCGUUACUCCGCACCAUUUUUUCACGUUUCACAAUGACAAUACGCUGCCUCAUGGAGUUUAUUUGAAUUAUUUGUACAUGUCGAAGAUUUAUGGUCGUUUUCAGGACUUACUGCUUUCGAUAUCGAUUACCAAAUGCAAUUUGGUUUAAUAGAGAAAGUGCAGUCUACUAUGUUUUUAUCUCCAUAUGUGUCUUCCACUGCAAGCAGCGAAGAAGCAACAUCAACGACCACUAGUCCUCCACCUUUAGAACUUAACUCAAAAGUUCCAGAACACUUGAAAGUCAACAGGGAAUGCGGCAAAAAUCCAUGGCAGAACUUCUUCAUGCUGGACUUCAUUAUAAUGGUUGAAUUCUCCGAACACGAAGGUCCUCGGCCACUUUUUACUAUUCCAGAAGAUUCUGGCAAAAUGUUUGAUCAGAAUUCAUUUUCUGUGUAUGUCAUGUCAGUGGAUUAUCAUACUCAAGCUGAGUACGUAUGUGGUCAUUGUGUUUUCCAGUAGCGGAUCUGGGUGCUUCAUUCUCAAUUGUUGAUGAUACUCAGUUGAUAUUUUGUGAAGAUCGGAAAAUAUAUUUGCUUAUGUUCACCACUUUGUAUUACAUGACAUUGAGGCUAGAGGAUUUGUUCGGCCUUUUUGUAUGUGCUAUAUCAGCAACAGCAAGAAAAAGAUAGUGGAAAAUAUGGACGUGUUCAUUCACGAGUUUUCCAAGGUUUCAAGGCAUUUCAAAGCUUCCAACCAAUCUAUAUUUUUUAAUGAGCUCAAACGAAGACUGGCAGAUAUAAAAUAUGUUAAAGAUUGCAAUGCCUUCCACGAGAGGAAUUCAGACAAUGUUGACGUUUCACAGAAUGCUGGUAAAAACUUCCAUAGUCUGAGUGCUGAAACAAUCGAAGCCAUGUUGGAAGAAGCUAACGUAGCUAUUAGUGUGUUGACAACUACCAAUCUGACUAACAACAAAAAAUCUAAAGAUUUGUCAUCAAUGAGUGGGCAUUUAAACGAAAUGCCCACGUUCGUGUCAAAUGGAAGGGAUACUUCUGGCUAUCAGCUUUCUAAUGGUGGACAAAUACAUGACGAAAUUGUUGAUCGUCUACUGCGUGAUACAAACAGACAUCAGCUGAUCUUGAGGGAUCUACAUGGUUUGUGUGGAUAUCGUGCGACUGAGGGAUUGGCGUCGUUACAAAGAAUACAUCAGCAUUUUUAUCAACCUUACGAAGUGUUUUCUCUCAUCAAUGAAGAAACUCCUUUGUUAGAUCCUUUUUCUUCAACAUUGGCGAUUGGUGGUAGUUUCACAAUGAAUUUUCGCUCAGAUAUUGAAAUGUACAACUCUGAUGCAAGGAUCGGCUUGUCGAUGGAUUCCAAGUUUAAAGGCAGUGAUUUGAGCGACAUCAGCAGUGAAUCGUUUCCAUCUUACUUGGAUGAAAACUCGUCUGAUGGCGAAAUACAAUCUCAACAUAAGAAGCAUUGCUUCAUUCAAACACCAUUCUCUCUCAUCACCAAUAAAGAUUUAAUGGGAGAGAUGAAUCUCGCUGAUUUAGAUUCGAACGAGUCAAGCUCUUUCAGUAAUAUUACGCUUAGCUGGGGUGAGGGCACUGAUGAUUCAACGACAAGCCAAUGUUUGAAAAAACCGACUUCGCCGUUAGCAGUUUCCCCGCCGGAACCUGUGCUUCACCGUGGUAGCGUUGGGGAUUUAGCUUCGGUUGCCGAGGACAUCCCGAGUCGCUUUCAUCGUCGUGAAUCAACGAUUGAAUCUCAGAGCAGUAACGCAAGCAAUUUUGGUGACGACGGACUUUCUGCAACAAUGUCUGCUUCGUCGCGUGUCAAAGAUAGUGAAGAACUUUCAAAAAUUUUUGCUCCUUUUACUUCCCCAAAAUAUCAAGUUGUUUACAAGGAUGUUUGUCACGUAGCUUCUUCAAGUGAUUCUUUUGGUUACGGAACUGGUGACAAAAGGAUGAAAAAAUCGAGUCUUCAAUGCUAUGCACAGCAGUUGGGUUGUCAUACAUCUGAUGGACCAGGUGGAGGCGUGCUUCGUCUUUUGAAACACGACAAAUAUCUCGUACAUCUUCUUUUUGCUCUUUUUACUGGCCGCUGUCUCGUUGUACAAGCAGAACCGGCCCAUCAAAGGAAAGUCGUCUCCAUGAUCACAUCACUUUGGCUGUUUGUCCCGGGUAACUGUCGUGGUUCUCAACAAGUUAUACCUUGGAGGACAAAGCCCUUAAAAUUGUCAGACUUAGGAAGGAUUAAGUUGGUUGGUCUUGCCAAGUCGAAACAGUUCAACCCUUUGCCAAAGUCCGUUGAGGCAUAUGUGUCAACCUUCGACUUUGAAUCGAAAACGCUCGUCACACCCCCAUAUAAGGGUAAAUUCCUCUGUGACAUUUUGGCAACAAGAAGGAACUGGAAGAGCGACUCGCUGUUCUUAUCUUACAUUCACAGCGUAUUUCUUGAAAUCACUUUGAAGACAUUCGUUUGUUACUACGCUAUUUCGCUACGCAGUUCAACAACUGAUUCUAAUUUGCCGUGGAAACAAAGAACAUUGGUUCCACGAGAAUUCUCUAGGCAGUAUCUGGAUGAUGUUUUUGAUUUGUCGGGUGUUCUUGGAUCUGAUACUCAAAUCAUUUUGUAUUUCCUCGACUUGAUAACUCAACAACAGCUUUCAGAUUUUCCUUUGCUCGGAAGUCUUACUGACAGUACAUCACAAGAUAGUUUCAUCUCUUUGGAAAGUUUUCGUUCAACGGAUAUGAUAGGUAACAAAUUUAUGGUAUUUGGCUUAACUCAUUUGUUGAAUUAUCGCCAUUAUUUGGUAUAUUUAGAUUCUUCUACUCACGUGACUAAGAUUGGGCCAAUCCUGUUGGACUAUACAAAGCGUGCUGUUUACCCUAAGAUGUAAAGAGUCCAGUGGUUAAGACCAUUGUCCUUGAUGACUCUCGAGUACGAAGUUGUUUGAGGCGUGUAGCUGGCUAAGCCCAUGGAACGAUGGUAGGCUUCUUGCAUUUUCUGAGCCCGUUUCGCCCUUGUCGUCGCUUCUCUUUGGAGUCGCUGCGUUAGAACUGUGGGGGAAAAAAGUUGUAAAUUAUUUUGAACGACUCUUAAUGGACUGCGAUUUAAAAGUUGCAACAAAAUUUGGGAUUAUGGUUUGAUUGUGGGUACUAGGUGUCGAUGAGUUUACCAAUGAAACUGAAAGAACUGAUCUUUCAUCGAGUUAUUGUGAAAGAAUGUAUUAUAAUGCUGGUUUUUGAUAAUCACUGCUUUGUGAUUCCGAUGAUAAUUUAUACUUAUCCGGCAUAUUUAAAUCGAUGAAUUAAUUUCUGAAGCGAAAGUUUUGAGAUAUAGAGCAAGCUUUGACUUGGCAAAUUUUAUUGACCUUAUGUAUCCGCAACUAAGGUCAUUUGCAAUGUGAUUGGUACAAUUUUUAAAAAUAAAGCACUUUGAAAAUAUUUUAUGCCUUCACCAACUAUUGGCAGUGAAAAUAUGACAAGUAAACAAGUCACAAAAAUUGCUGCUCUGUAACCGAUCGUAGCUUGUUAAUGUUUUUUACCUUCGCUAUACUUCAACAAUUCAAAUUAUUACUGUGCGUUGAAAAGUUAAAAUUGCCCUGAUCGAGCAACAUUUAAACUUGACAAAAAAGCUCAAUAUCCUAUUGUAAACAUAGCCGUCAAGAUAAAAAUUCAAAUAUAUGUUUAUGUCAUAUA